AUGGCCGCAAAACCAGCCACGCCCCUCGAGCGCCACUGUCUCGUAACAGUAGGCGCAACAGCCCGCUUCACCCAGCUCCUUACUGAAGUCCUCUCCGCCGCCUUCCUGGACCAUGUCACCUCGAAUCGCUACACACAUCUCACGCUCCAAUGUGGCAAGGACUACGCAGAAUUCUCCCGCCAGAUGCUACCUCCGCUUCUGAAUCAAUACCCGGGAAUCGAAAUCACCGCCUUUGACUUUGUCGAUGACCUGACCACCGAGAUGGUCAAAUGUAGAGCGCAGGCAGGUGUGCGGGAGGCUGGUGUGGUCAUCUGUCAUGCAGGCACGGGAACCAUCCUCGACGGAAUGCGCGUCAGCGUCCCCCUCGUAGUGGUCCCCAACCCAACCCUAAAGGAUAACCACCAGGUCGAGCUCGCCGAAGAGAUCCAGCGCCAGGGUUACGGGAUCUGGGGCCGCCUCGGCGACAUCGCGUGGGCUCUGGAGCAGCUGGCCCUGCAGUUCGAUAAGACUGAGCAGCAGUACCGGCCUCAUCCUGUCGCGACAACGGGAGCGGCUCCGGUGGACGUGGAUGUCUGGCAGGUCAGCGGCGCGCUUAUGAAUCGCUACGCUGAUGAACCUGGUCAUGCUGCUGCUGCGCCGGAGACAACUAAAGCGAGUGGCGGCGGCGGCGGCGGCGGUGCUGGAAAGGAGGUUCAGCGGGAGGAGGUGGCGCAGAUGACGAUGGGCUAG